AUGCCUAAACAAAACAGUCUUUGGAGACUAGAUCUUCUUGAAGUUGAAUUUCUCAAAACAGAACCACGUUAUCCUAAAUCAAAAGUCUUAUUAAAAUCAAAAAGGAAACAAUCGUUAAUACCAAGUAAUAAAUCUCAAGCUUUAAAAGAAAUUGAUGCUUUAAGACAAGAUGUCUUCGAUAAAAAAUUACACAGUUCUUUAGUCAAAUAUAAAAGAGCUUUGAAAAAGAUCGUCAAAGCUCCAGCUUCAAAGAAAACUUCAGAAGAAGAAACUAAAUUCAUCAAGAGCUUAGAUAUUGAUAGAAUUACAAAUAUUAAGAUUGUUAAAUUGAUCCAAAAUGUUUUCAAAUUGAUACCUAAGAAACUUCAGAAUGAGCCUGAAUCAACACCAAAAUACUUACCAGCAUGGAUCGUUGAAUCCCUAACUGAUAAAGAAUCACCAAAUAAUCAAUCAAAUUUUUAUAAUUCUUUAUCACAAGAUCAAAAAAAUUAUUAUUCAAAACUUAUGAACCAUAAAGAAAUUUCAAGUAUUGUGAAGAUUGUGGAGAACAGUUUCAAGAUCAUUUUAGGUCCUGUUAAGGAUAAAGAUGGAAAGAAAGAUAUUGAAGAUCUUGAAUCAAGUGAAAGCGAAAGUGAAGAAGAAGAAACUAAAGGAAACGAUGACAAAGAUGAAGAAAGCGAAGAAGAAGAAGCAGAAGAUAGAAGAAACAGCGAAGAUGCAAGUGAUGAUGAUUACAGUAAAUAUGAUGCUUUGGUUGCUGGAUCUGAAGAUGAAGAUGAAGAAGUUGAACUAGAUAAUGAGAUUAAUUAUAAUAGUGUGACAGAUACAGAGCCUUCAGAUCAAGAACAAGCAGAAGAAUCAGAAUCAGAAGCAGAUGAUUUCUUUGAAGAAGAACCUAAAAAGACCAAAAAGGAAAAGGAAAAGGAAAAGCUUAAAAAAGAAGAAGCUAAAUAUAAUUUACCAGAACUAGCUGCUGGUUAUUUUUCAGGUGGAUCAGAUUCAGAGAUUGAAGAAGAUGAAUUAGUUGAAGAAAUAACUAAACCAAAAAAGAAGAAUAGAAGAGGUCAAAGAGCAAGACAAAAAAUUUGGGAAGCUAAGUUUAAAAACAAUGCAAAUCAUAUAAAGAAAGAAAGAGAUGAAAAGCAGCAACAACGUGAACAAAGACAAAAAGAAUAUGAAGAAAGAGUCGCUAAAAGGGCCGCUAAAGCUAAAGAAAUGGAAGUCACUGGUUCAAAUUCAGCUCCAUUGAAGCAACGUACUUUCAAUAAAGACGCCAAACAACCAGAGCCAUUACCUUUCUCACCACAACCUGAACCAGCUAAAGCUGAAGAAAAAGAUACUAAAUUACAUCCAUCUUGGGAAGCUAAGAAGAGACAAGAAGAAGCUUUGAAGAACGUUAAGUUCCAAGGUAAGAAAGUUAAGUUUUAA